AUGAGUCAUCGGUUUGAUGAGUUGGCAAGUAUUGACACUCUAUCGAUUCCCUCUAUUGAUGAUGAGGACGAUAUGAUGUUAUAUAAAAAGUAUUUAGGAGAGGAUGAGGAGCUGAUUCAGCUGCACAACCUUGAUACCAAAGUGGGGAGUAAUAGAAAACCUUAUCAACAACAAAAGAAGAAUAUAAGGAGAAGGGAAUUUGGAGAAAUUGUAGAGGAGGUAAUAAUCAAUGAUGAUGAAAUCUCUUCUUCCGGAUCAGAAAAGUACAUAUCACCACGAGAGAACAAAUAUUUGGAUGAAGUUAAUGAAUUACUUGGAAAGGCUAAAGCUGAAAGAGAAAAUUCACCAACAAAACAAACAACCCCGGACACUGCUCGUUUCCUCACGAAAAUUAAAAAGUCUUUAGAGGAUAACUUGGAUGAUGUUAUUGAGGAGAGUACACGACUUUUAAAAGAAGCCUUACCAAUGUUUUCCUAUGAAACCAAGCAAGGGACGAGAGAAAACUUUUCCGACAUGAUUAAGAGGCAGCAAAAAGCCACUGCAAAGAAGGAAGAGCCAUCUUCUUCAUCUCUGUUUACUUCUGAUUUUGAUGAUGAUAUUCCAAUGAUGACAAUUUCAAAACCAAUUAAUGAAUUUCCUAAUUACUCUUCCGAGUAUAGAAAUUAUGAAGUUUUUGAAUCAAAAAAGAAUAAGAAACUUUUGGAUAAGGAUCAUGAUGAUAUCUCAACAAAAUUCUUCCCUCACCUUCAUGAAACAAUUCAAAGAUCGACUCCACUCAAGAAUAGGAGAUUAAAAGCAAAUGUUGUGAAAACUCCAAAAGUAAAUCCAGAUCAGAAUAAUGAGUACUAUGCAAAAUCAACUGAAAUUUUACCAAGCAAUAUGGAAAAUAGACAUGUAUAUGAAAUAGAUGAAGAUCCAUCCCCUAACAAAGAGGAAGAACUCAAGAAGGAUAAACCUCAAAGGCAACAUCUCGAUUCAAGACAGUCACGAUUUACAGGACCCAAGAAGCAACGAGAAUCAGUACAGAAAACAGAAAAUAAGAUACCAAAAAACGAACAAAAAGAGGAACCAAAAGUUGUUGAGACAGUUCCAGAGGUGAUUGAGGACAAACCUCUCAUUUUUGAAUACAUUAAACCGAAAGUGAGAGAAAUUGAGUUUGCAUCUCCUUCCUCUCCAGUUGAACCAUUUGAACAGGUUGAAUCAAUGGAAGAACUAAGUGUAGAAGAGACUUCUCCUCGUGUGGUAAAUAUGAUGAAUCAGAAUCUUAAUGUUUUUCAUGAUCCAGUUAAUAUUCAAGAAGAACAACCAAAUCAAGUUUUCAAUGAAGAAUCACAAGAAACAACAGAUCAAUAUGAAAAGAGAGAAGAACCACUCACUGUACAAUCAUUUGAAGAGUUCAACUUUGACUCCAAUGAAAUAUCACCUGCCAUUAAUGAAGAAUCAAAGCUUGAAACAGAAGAAACUAUCCUCAAUAAGGAUGAUGAAAAACAAGAGGAAUCGUUCUAUGAAAAUGAAUCUCCAAUGAUAUCCAGAGAUUUGGAUAACAUUGGUUUCCAAGAUAUCAUAAGAGAUUUGAACUUUACAACUGAAACCAUUUUAAGAGCUUGUUCUUCGUCAGUGGUUGAUAUUGAGCCAAUCAAUAUUCCAAACUUUAUUCCUCAAGAGGAAGAUCAAAUAGCCAAAGAAAACACACUGAACCAUGAUGAGCCUCACACUCCAGCAAGAGAACAAGUACCUAUAGAGGCAUUAAUUCCAUUCUCACCAAUGAUUUAUGACCAAUACAGUCCUAUCCAUAACAUUCCAUCACCUCAAAGUCCAAUUGAAACUCCCCAACCAACCCCUCCAAAGAAGAAGAUUUCCUCCAAUAAUUUAAAUAAGAAAAAGACCAUAGCUACACCAAGAGAACACAAUGCACCACUCGAAGAAUCAUUCAUUCCCUACUCUGGAGUAAGACACUUACAAAAAACCACCUACAACCAUUCCACAAUUGAUUGGUAUUUAAAUUUGUGCAGUAACAAGUACAGUAGAACUCCCUCCACAAGUCAAAACAAUACAGAUAAGGGCGUGGUCAAGUGGGUGUAA